UUCAGUUAGUAACACUGCAGUGGUCAUGCACACAAUGGUGAACUUUAGGUUGAUGGCACUUUUACUCUGCACCUUCAGUUGGAUCUCGUCCUCAGUCACACAGUUUUACGCUGUGGAGGUUCAGCUUGGUGAAGAAGUCACACUGCAGUGCUCCAAUUUCAGCAACUUUCCUGGUCACAUAUACUGGUUCAAAAUGACCAACAGUCCCAACACCAGCUGCAUCGCAGCUUUGUUCAGUGCUGAUGCGAAUGCGUCUUUCAAUGAUGGUUUUCAAGAGAGCAAAUUUAGCAUGACGUCCAACAUCUCUGUAGUGUUUCUCAAGAUCAAACAACUGGAUUCGUCUGACUCUGGACUGCAUUUCUGUGGCGAGUACAAUAAUGGAAAGCCAGUAAUUUCAACGGGAACAUAUUUAAAGGUUCAAGACGCAUCAUAUGGAUUAUCAAAUAUGACGACUGUGAUCCUGGGCAGUUUAAUUGUUUUCCUUCUACUCAUCAUUGUUGGUCUGGUUGUCAAAAUUACAUUUCAUAGAGCUCAAGAUGAUGGACAGAAUCUACCGCACAGUGAGAAUGUGGACUCUGACGCCAUGAACUAUGCAGCGCUGAGUUUCCGUCCCAAAGCAAAAGCCAAAAGGCCUGUACCACAGAGGGAGCUGGAGGCAAAUGUGGUGUAUGCUGCCACGAGAUAG